CGGUGGAGGAAGGAGAGUCCUUGGAGUGUGGAGGGACCUGGGAGGAAGCAGCCGUUCACACAGUCCCUACAUCUGACAGAGAGGUGGAGCCUAAAGACAGCCAGGGAGCAGGAGCUGAAGAUGACGAGCAGGAUGAUGGAGAUGAACGGGAUGAUGGAGAUCAUGAUGAUGACCUGGAUGAUGAGUCCAUCUUCACCUGUGACAACUGUCAGCAGGACUUUGACUGUCUGGCUGAGCUCACUGAACACAGAACUAAUCACUGCCCGACUGAUGGUGAUGAUGACCCUGCAGGUCUGUCCUGGGUGCCUUCCUCACCCUCCAGUAAGGAUGUGGCGUCACCCUCUCAGAUGCCCGAUGGCUGCUGUGACCUUGACAUGGUGACCGGAGGUGAGGAGGAAGGCGGUGCCGGCCUGCCGUACCCCUGCCAGUUCUGUGAUAAAUCCUUCAGGUAGGUUCUUCACCAUCCUGCCU